AUGUUUUUGGAAAAUGCAGGUGGUAGUCAAGUACCUACAUCAGUAAUUAAUUCUACUUCAACAUAUUAUUCAAGAUCAUAUGUACAAGUUGGCGCUGGAUAUGAACAAUCAAAUGAAGCAACACAUAUUGUAAAAGCUGCUCAUGAUUUUUGUUCACAUGAACGUGUUAAUCUUGAUGAUUUAUCAGCUUUGUUAUCAGAACGUACACGAAUUAUUGCCAUACCAUAUGUUAGUAAUCUUAUUGGUGAAAUUCUUGAUAUUGAAUCUAUUGUAAAACUUGUUCGUCAAAAAUGUCCAUGUGCACGUGUUAUUGUUGACGGUGUAGCUUAUGCAUCUCAUCGAGCUAUUGACGUUUAUAGUUCUCAUAUAGCUGUUUUAUAUGGUUCAAAUGUUGCUUGGCAAGAACUUGUUGACAUAUCUGCUAUAUCUAAUCAUUUCUUUAUCCCACAAUCGGAUAUUUCCUAUCAAUAUGAACUUGGAUGUCUUAAUCAUGAAGCGUGUGCACGUAUUUUAGGUGUUAAAUCUUAUUUUGAAUGA